AUGGGUUGGUUCUGGAAUAGUUUUCAAGGUUUACCCCUAUCUCCUAGAGAAAUUGAGCAGCUGGUGGAUAUACUUAAGGAUAGACAAUCGGCCUUUAGGAAAGGACAUUAUUCCCUCAUCUGGCUGCCCUCAAAAUUGGGUCAAUAUGAUGCUAAAGAAGGCUAUCACCUUCUCGCCAAUCAAAUGGAGAAUUAUGAUUUAGGUAUUCCCCAAAAACUUUUCUGGAGUAAUAAAUUGAUUGCUAAGGCGGGGGUUUUUGCUUGGCUAGCCACUAGAAGGAAAAUUCUGACUACAGAUAAGUUUAGGAGAAUGGGUUCUCAAGGCCCAUCAAGAUGUAUUCUAUGUAAAGCCCAAGAAGAAUCAGUAGAUCACCUUCUCCUUAAUUGUUCCUUUACAGCUAAAUGUUGGAGAUGGCUUUGUGCUAAAUUGGGAUGGAUAACAACAUUACCCAAUGAUAUUGUAUCUCUUUUUCAGGGUUGGCCAAUCAGUCCACAUAAUGGUAUCCUCAGCUCUUUAUGGGGAGUCAAUACUUCUUGCCUAGUUUGGGAGGUCUGGAAAGAGAGAAAUAGGAGAAUUUUUUGGAAUAAAGCAAGGAAACUUGGUUCAGUUCUGAACUCUCUAGAAGUAUCUAUUGUUGAGAAUAUUAAUAACAUGCUUGCUUUAGAUCUAUCAGUUGGCAAAAAGAACUUAACGGACAGUGAUGAUCGGAUCAGAUCUGGUUGGCCAGGGAUCAAGAUUCCUUCUUUCUUAGGGGGUAUUGGGGACAAGUAG